AUGGCGAGGAUGAAUACUUCUUGGACUGCAAAGGAUCUAAACAAUGCUUUCACAAUGGAUGUACUUCCGGUAACUGUGUUUAUAUCCGUAGAAGCAUUCAUUGGUUUUUUCGGAAAUAUUACAAUUCUGUUAGUUUACUCCAGACGAUACAGACGGAUAAACUUCCGGUACUUUGUCUUGGCGCUUGCCCUUGUGGACCUAACAAGCUGCUGCACUACACUUCCGGGUGAAGUGAUUUCCCAAUUAAACUGGUACGACUAUCAAUAUGGAUGGAUAUGCAAAGUGAAAACAUUUCUCAACAUCUACACUGCAUUGGGCUCAGCAUCUGUCUUGCUGGUUUUAGCAAUUGAUAGAUACAGAAAGAUUUGUCAUCCAUGUGAUUGGCAAAUUCGUUGCCCUGUUGCUUUCAGACUUUGUGGAUGUUGCUUGAUGGUAUCGGCGCUAAUGUCCAUUCCUGCUCUCAUACUUUAUGGUAAGCAGACGAACAGUUUCGAGCACGAGGGAAAUAAUAGUACCGUCUCAGUUUGUGAAAUAUCGGGGGAGUAUGCAGGCACAAUUUAUCCACUUAUUUAUAUCGGUAGCAUAUAUCUCGUGGCUAUGACUUUAAUGAUACUCGCGGCCGUGUCUUUGAAUUUUAUAACAGCACGGCGGUUAUUUGGAAAUCACUCAAUGAAAGCUGCAAGCAUUAAACAUCAUACGACGAAAGCGGUUGUUGCUAAAACAUUGACAUCAGAAACGUCUUGUGAUGAGACAGACAAUGAUAGAAAAACUAAAGCUACGACUAGUGACAUGGCCGUGAUAAGAGAAGAACACAGAGCUGAAAACUCUGAAAAAGCACAUUCCAAUUUCUACAUGUCUGCAAAAACACAAGGUAAUCAAUCAGUCAUUAAACUCAAAGGAAAGUCAUCAGAUGAAGUUUACUUUGAUUAUGAUAACAAAACAUCUGAAAAUUCUUCUACUGAUUAUUUCAGUAACGACGAAGAAUUUAUUGAUAAUUAUAACAGCGAAAAUGAACAAAUUGAGAACAGCUCGACUGACCAAUCAUCUUCGGACCAGGGUAGAUGUACAUCCCUUCGGAGCAGACGAUCAAGAACUCAAACGUCAAAAUUCCAGCUGAAAAGUAAGACGAUGAUAAUGCUAAUCUUGACGUCAAUAUUUGCCGUCACGAUGGUUCUGUAUAUAAUCUUCACUGGUCUCGUAGUUAAACCUGAAGGCAUUUUGAAAGAUUUGCCUGAUUUGCAGCUGGUAACGUUCUUCUUCUUCUGGCGUUUAUACUUUGUUAACUCCAUCGUAAAUCCGAUCUUGUACGGAUUUAUGGAUCCCGGAUUUCGUGCAGGGUUUAUGUCUUUCUUGCGUAGAAACAAGCAUUCUGUUACGAGCUCAACGUAA